AUGCCGAAGCAGGACGACGACGUAGCCUCGGCGGCGCAAGACAACCCGCAGCAUCAAGGACAAGAGUCAAAAGACGCCGCUGCCGCGUCUCCACCGGCUUCGGAGCCAGAUACUGCUGCCGAGAAUGACUCGUUUGAAGACGCCGUCGACGCCGUGUCCGUGCGAUCCCUGACAAAAAGAUCUGCCUCCGCCAGCAAGAGCCCGCCACCUCCCGACGCCGAGCAACAAGACACCAAGUCGGAUGCAGAUGACACUGGAGACGUUCGCCGUGACUCGUCCGGCACCGAUUCCAAGUCCCAGCCACGCCGGUCCUCGUCGCCAAUCUCCAAACGCAUAUCGCAUGACUCUAAUCUCGAUAAUGUCGACUUGGACGAUGAAGCUCCCGCCAAAGCCAAAGAGCCGCACAGCCCUGCCGAAAAAGAACCGUCUGGCAGAAAGCUGUCUCUGGGCGGCCUCACCAGCGCUUUGCCCUCCAUGCCCUGGUCACCCCCAGCCGAGUCGCCCGCAAAGAGUCCGAGACCAUCGUUGGCCGCAGUGGCCUCACCGCCUCCAGAGCCCAAGCCACAGCCUCCGACCCGGAAGCUAACAAGUCCCUUCUCGUGGCUUUCGCGCAACACUUCCAGCAGCAAGGACAACCAAACCUCACCCCCUGUGCAAGCAUCCCCGAGAAGGAAUACGGCGAGCUCUAUUGCAACCCUGAUGAGCAACCCAGAGAUGAUGCUGAGCCGUUUGGAGGAGGAGAGCGAGGGCACCCCUAAUGGCGGGCCUGCCUCGAACCGCGAGAGCCUCAGGGACAGGUUCAAGGCAGUGCGCAUGCGAGAGGAGGCAGGCAUUGCAGGCGUCGGCGGGGAGUCUGAUGGGACCGGCGAUGCGCUGGGCCUGGUCAACCAGGCCGGGGAUGCCUCACCAACCGAGAAGACCCCUACCCAAUCCCUGCCAGGGCCGGACAAGGCGAUGGCUCCCGGGACGGCCUCGGGCGUCAAUGCCGGUCCGUCAGCCAUGCCGGACACCCAGGUUGACUGGGACCUGUGGCAGUCCGUUGUCUAUGAGGGACCAGCUGCAGUGGCCCGGACCAGCGCCGAGGAGCUCAACAAAGCCAUUGCCACGGGGAUACCCAAUGCCAUUCGAGGAGUCAUUUGGCAGGUCCUCGCACAGAGCAAGAACGAGGAUCUUGAGCUGGUUUAUCGAGAGCUCGCAGCAAGGGGCACCGACAAGGACAAGAACCGACAGAGCAACAGUACGACGUCGAGCACAGUCAGCAAUGGCAAUCUCAGCACACACAGCGGCGACGCAGCAUCUUCGGCAUCAUCCGUGCAUUCUGAACAGUCUGCAGGUAAUGGCAGCAGCUCCCCGAGGGGAGAGAAGAGCGCAGAGGCUAUCGCCAAAGCGCAGGCUGUAGCUACCGCCGAGCGCAAAAAGAGGGAGAAGGAGGACACUGCGGCGUUGCAGAAGCUGGAGAAGACCAUUCGCCGCGAUCUUGGGGCACGUACAAGCUACUCCAAGUUUGCGGCCGCCGCCGGGCUUCAGGAGGGCCUGUUCGGUGUCUGCAAGGCCUACGCCCUCUUUGACGAAGGGGUAGGAUAUGCGCAGGGCAUGAACUUCCUGAUAAUGCCACUGCUCUUCAACAUGCCGGAGCAGGAGGCCUUCUGCCUUCUGGUUCGCAUGAUGAACCACUACCACCUCCGAGACCUCUUCAUUCAGGACAUGCCGGGACUGCACAUGCACUUGUAUCAGUUUGAGCGACUGCUGGAGGAUGUCGAGCCUGCACUAUACUGCCACCUACACAGACGAGGCGUCUCGCCGCAUCUCUACGCCACGCAGUGGUUCUUGACGCUGUUCGCCUACCGCUUCCCCCUUCAGCUUGUGCUUCGCAUUUACGACCUGAUCCUGUCUGAAGGACUGUCGGCAAUUCUCCGGUUCGGUAUCGUCCUGAUGCAGAAGAAUGCAAGCACGUUGCUGGCCAUCUCGGACAUGCAACAGCUCACGACGCACCUCAAGGACAAGCUCUUCGACGUAUACAUCGACAAGGACCCGAGCCAAGGAAGCAUUCUCGAGAAUGGCUUCUUCGGAAGCUCUAGCUCAAGCAUGGACAAGGAAGUGUACAGGGCAGACCAGCUGGUCAGGGACGCUUGCGAGGUUAAGAUCACGCCCGAGACACUGAAGCUGUACACCACCGAAUGGGAAGAAAAGACAAAGGCCGAGCGGGACCGCGAGAUCGAGCUGCUGGAACUCCGCGCGGCGAACCAGAACUUUGCCAUUCAAGUUCGGAAGCUGGAAGAGCGCGUCCAGGUCUGCGACCGUGAACAAGCUGCUCUAGCCACGGAGCUCGUGCACACGAAGGUGGAGAACGAGGAACUCCGAGACGAGAACGAGAGCCUCAAGGGCCAGGUUCGCGAGCUGAAGGUGGUGAUCGAGCAGCAGCCUGCAGAAAUCGAAGAGAAGUGGAACAUGGAGAGGGACGACCUGAUGAAGCGGAACGGAAACGUUCACGAGGAGAACCAACGCCUAGAGAAGGAAAUGUCUGAGCUGGAGGAGGAGCUUGUCCAGACCAAGAUGCAAUACGCCGAGAUCAACUCUCAGCACGAAGCUUUGACUCGCAAAUGGGCCGACUUGAAGCGCCAAUUUUCGUAG